AUGGCCAGCGGCUGCACCAUGCGAUCCGACGAGCCCAUCCGUGCAAAAGAAUCCCACAAUGCUACGUGGUCCGUGUUGGAUAAGAGAUGGAAAGCAGCGGUGUACGUCGUAGCGAAGGAAAAAGCAUCGCAAGAAGGAAGAAACGAGACAGCUGAGACACACGGGCAGAGACACGGACGACCGAUAGACCGAGGCGAGAAACAAGACAAACGAGACAAAAGACCACCAAGACGUGCUGGCGGCGGCUUCGGAAUCCGACCACUGGACUGUCUGUGGGAUUCCGUCGUGCGGUUCCGAGCGUUUUGGGGGCGCCAAGCGUCUUGGAGCUUUGGAUGA